AUGGCGGGUGAAAAGGCUGAGAAACCCGACGCUAAGGAGAAGAAACCUGGAGCCAAGAAGGAUGAUGCUGUUGACAAGGUUAAAAAGGGAGACCCUAAGGAUAAGAAACCCAAGAAAGGGAAACCCCACUGCAGCCGAAACCCUGUCCUGGUUAGAGGAAUCGGCAGAUACUCCCGGUCUGCUAUGUAUUCCCGAAAGGCCAUGUACAAGAGGAAGUACUCGGCUGCUAAAUCCAAGGUUGAGAAGAAGAAGAAGGAGAAAGUUCUUGCUACUGUCACAAAACCAGUCGGUGGUGACAAGAACGGUGGAACCCGAGUGGUUAAGCUUCGCAAAAUGCCUAGAUACUAUCCGACUGAAGAUGUGCCACGAAAGCUGUUGAGCCACGGCAAAAAGCCCUUCAGUCAGCAUGUCCGAAAACUGCGAGCCAGCAUCACUCCGGGAACCAUCUUGAUCAUCCUCACUGGGCGCCACAGAGGCAAGAGAGUAGUUUUCCUGAAGCAGCUGAGCAGUGGCUUGCUACUUGUGACAGGGCCUCUUUCCCUUAAUCGAGUUCCUCUGCGUAGAACACACCAGAAAUUUGUUAUUGCCACCUCCACAAAGAUAGAUAUCAGCAACGUGAAAAUCCCAAAACACCUUACUGAUGCUUACUUCAAGAAGAAGAAGUUGAGGAAGCCCAGACACCAGGAAGGUGAAAUCUUCGACACAGAGAAAGAGAAAUACGAGAUUACAGAGCAGCGCAAGGUUGAUCAGAAAGCUGUGGACUCACAAAUUUUACCCAAAAUCAAAGCUAUUCCUCAGCUCCAGGGCUACAUGCGAUCUGUUUUUGCUCUAACAAAUGGAAUUUACCCUCACAAAUUGGUGUUCUAAAUUUCUUACCAAGAACCUAAUUAAACAACUGAUACAUUU